AUGGCAGAUGAAGCACCAGAACCGAUUCGAAACAUCGGUAAAGUUCGAAAGUUUGUUGUUGGCACUGACUUCGAAGCGUAUGCCGAACAACUGGAAUUCUUUUUCGUAGCAAAUAGCGUGACUGAUGCUAAACAAAAGAAAGCUGUCCUGUUGACGAAUAUGCCUGCAGAAACCUACCAGUUAACAAAGGAUUUAUUUGCUCCACAUCUACUAAAAGAGGGCACGAUCACGUACGAAGCGAUAGUCGAGCGACUUCAGAAACAGUUAAAGCCACAGAAAUCAGCAUUAGUAGCCAGAUACGAGUUUGAUAAUCGAGCGAGAAACGCGGGAGAGACGGCGAGUGAAUACGUAGCUGUUUUAAAACAUUUAGCUACAGAAUGUAAGUUCAACGAAACGAUGCGUUUAGAGCGACUUAGAGAUCGGUUAGUAUCUGGUAUUCGUGACAGAAAAAUGAUGUCAGAACUCUUAAAACUUAAGCUCGAAGAACUGACCUUUGACACAGCCGUUGCUAAAUGCAUCGCUACUGAACAAUCAUGUAAGGACGUUGAAACUAUGCAAGGGGGGAGAAAUUCAAACCAUACGAAUAAGGAAUCAGAUUCAGUAAAUUUGUUAAAUAAACCUGAAGAGCAAAACAGGAAUACGAAAGCCAAGAAAGGAAGGGACGCCUCUCCUUCCCCUGCAGGCCCCAAGUGUUACCGUUGUCAUGGUGAUCAUCAGCAUAAAUCCUGCCCCUUUAAAAAUGCAAUUUGCCAUUAUUGUAAGAAGAGCGGUCAUAUUCGGAGGGCUUAUAGAAAACGAAGCAAAGAAACACAUAGUUUCAAACCCCCAGUAAAUCACAUUGAUGAUGAUGAUGAUAGUGACAGCGAUGAUUACCUGGCUAGUUUAGAAAUAAAUAAAGUGGGAAACAAAGAUAACGUAAUAUGGGUAACCCCCAAAGUUGAAGGAACACCCUUAAGAAUGGAGCUAGACACAGGCUCUGCAGUUUCAGUUAUCCCGUAUCAGUUAUACCGAGCUAAGUUUAGUCACAUAAAGUUACAGAGAAGUCAAAUCACACUUAAAACUUACACAGGGGAAAAGCUGUAUCCAAAAGGGAAAAUCAACUGUAGAGUUAGUCUCGAUGGCCAGACAAGACAGCUAGAUAUUCAAGUUAUUGAGUCCCCGGGACCAGCGUUAUUUGGGUGUGAUUGGCUUUCUGUAAUCAAUCUAGACUGGGGCGAGAUCAAAGCCCUUAAAGUAAACCAAGAAACAGACAAUGAGACACAGGGUAAGGUAAAUAACCUUUUGAAAAAGUAUAAAAGUGUGUUCGAUGAUGAUUUGGGUACCUUGAAGGGACACCAAGCUGACCUCAAAUUAAAAGAGAACUGUCGACCCCGAUACUGUAAGGCACGACAGGUGCCAUAUGCCUUGCGACCUAAGGUAGAAGCCGAGCUAACACGUAUUGAAAAGGAAGGGAUUCUAAACAAGGUGGAACAUAGUGAGUGGGCAACCCCUAUUGUACCUGUGGUCAAACGAAAUGGCUCAGUACGAAUAUGUGGGGAUUUCAAAGUCUCUGUUAACCCAGUUUUAAUCGCAGAACAAUACCCUUUGCCCCGUAUCGAGGAUAUUUUUGCCAAUCUGGCUGGGGGUAAGCAUUUUACCAAAUUAGACUUACGCCAAGCCUAUCACCAAAUGGAGGUCACUGAAGAGACACGAAAGUAUUUGACUAUUAACACACAUAAGGGUCUAUUUCAGUAUCAGCGGUUAGUUUUCGGUGUGACGUCAAGCCCAGCAAUUGGCAACGUGCCAUGGACCAGGUGUUACAGGGUAUACCUGGAACACAAUGCAUCCUUGACGACAUGA